UGCCGGUGACACCCCUCGCGGACGGCUAGCCCUCCCUCCGCGCCCUCGCCGAGCCAUGUCGGGCAGCAACAUCAAGGUUAUCUGCCGGUUUCGGCCGGAGAACAAGAUUGAGAAGGCCCAAAAUGCUGGGCUUUGUGUCGAGUUUCCCAAUGACACCUCGGUCACAGUCAAUCACUCGCGCGGCAAGAACACCUUCCACUAUGACCGGGUUUUCGACUGGACUGCCUCGCAAAAGGAUGUCUUCGAGCUCGGGGCCAAGGCUGUCAUCCAGGACGUCAUGAAUGGCUAUAACGGCACCAUUUUCGCCUACGGCCAGACCGGCUCCGGCAAGACCUUCACCAUGCAGGGCCCGGAGAUCCCCGUGUCGGUCAUGCAGGCAGCCCUGGAGGGCGGGGACCUGGGCGACUUCGCCGGGUACGAUCCCGAACUCCGGGGUCUCGCGCCGCGUGUCGUGGAGGCCAUCUUCGAGGCGAUCGCCUCCGCCCCGCCGACCAUGGAAUUCACCGUGUCAUGUAGUUACCUGGAAAUCUACAUGGAGCGUGUCCGUGACCUGCUGGACCCCAAGAAGGACAACCUCUCCAUUCAUGAGCACCCCGGCCGAGGGAUCUUCGUCAAGGAUCUUACCGGCAUCUAUGUGGCCAGUGCCAUGGAAAGUCUCAACGUCAUGGAGAUCGGCGCCAAUAACCGCGCUGUCAGCGCCACCAACAUGAACGCCGAGUCCUCUCGCUCCCAUGCCAUCUUCUCCCUGACCAUCACCCAGCGGAAUACCACCACCCAAUCGUCCAAGGUGGGGCGCUUGUAUUUGGUGGAUCUGGCCGGCUCGGAGGCUGUCAAUAAGACCGGUGCCGCCGGGCAGCUUCUUCAGGAGGCCAAGACCAUCAACAAGUCACUAACCAUGCUGGGCAUGGUGAUCAAUGCUUUGGCUGAUAAGAAGUCCACGCACAUUCCCUACCGUGAUAGUAAGCUCACGCGUAUUCUCCAAGAAUCGCUCGGUGGUAAUUCCCGCACGACGCUCAUCAUCAAUGCCUCGCCCUCCUCGUACAACGAUGCGGAGACCCUUUCGACGCUUCGCUUCGGCGCGCGUGCCAAGACGGUCGAGAACAAGGCCACCGCCAAUGUGGAGCUCAGUCCCCAGGAGCUUCGCCGGAUGCUCAAGGCCGCUCGCGACCAGCUGAAAAUCAUCACCGCCAAGCUGGCCAUCGCCGAUGCCGAGUUGGCUGUCUGGCGAAGUGGCGGGUCGGCGGCCGAGGCGGAGGCCGCAGCCGAAGCGGCCAAGCAGGCUGCCGGUGACCUGGCCACUGCCAGCGUUGAUGGGGCUGGCGCUGGUGCCGCCGCCCCGCCCAGCCCGCCGGCCUCGGUGCUCCUGGACUCGGAAAUGUCGUCGAGCUCGUCGUCCGGCGUGUCGCCCUCCUCGUCAUCGCAAACCUCGCCCCUCGCCCAGGAGGAGGAGGAGGAGGAGGAGGAGGACGAAGACCGGGAACAGGAGGAGGCCGAGGCAGAGGAUGAGCCCCAGCCGGACGCAGGCGAUGCCGAGCUAUUCAGCCCCUUCGAAUCGCCGCCGAUGGCCAGCACCUCGCCCGAGCUCGGGAACAUGGAGGACGAGGAGUCGACGGCCGCAGCUGUGCGGGAUUCCGACGAAGUCAUCAGCCUCCGGGCGCGUGUCGCCGAGCUCGAGCAGGAGCUUUUGGAGGCCCGUGCGGCCAAGGAGGCCGAUGCCGCGGCCGCCGCGGCCGCUGCUUUGGACCAUUCGGCCCCGGGCUCGCGGGUGUCUUCACGGCCCUCCAGCCCGACCCCCGAGGCGGUGGUCGACGAUUCGACGUCCACCCCUGGGCACCAGCUUUCCCCAAGCCCCUCGACCGCCGAGGAUCUGGCCGAGUCGGCCAGCAGCACAUCUGUGGCUUCGGCAGGUGCUGGGUCCCCUCCCGGGGGGAGGGCUGCCGCCCCGGCCGGGGCCUCCACCUCUCCGUCUAUGCCGAGCCUGGAUGAGAUCUCGGCACUGGCCAGCGCAUCGCGCGCCGCCGCAGCCGCCGCCGCCAGUGCCGAUGGCUCGCAAAAGACCCAACCGACCGACAUCCAUGAGCUUAACCGCUAUGCCGAGGAGCUCCAGCACAUUCAGUCGCGCCUUCUGGAGAUGCUGCUGGCCAAUCGGGAACAGCUACAGCGCGAACGCGAGGCCCACAGCCGGCGCCUGAAUCGUCGCGAUCAGAAGAUCUCCGCCCUGGAGGCCCAUGCCAAGAAGCUCCUGUCACGCUGUGAGACCAGCGAGCGGAGACGCGUCUACGAGACCGAGCUGUACAAGAAGGCCGUCAGUCAAUUCGAGAAUCGGAUCCGGCACUAUUACGUCUCCGGCGAAUAUCGGCGCCCGCCGAAGGAUGAGACCGGACUUGUGUCCCCGGCAGCAUCGCGUGUGGCCCGACCGAUCCGUGGCGGUGGGGGAGCUACUCCCUCCGGAACAGCCGCCGGUAUGACCACCAAGCCCCUUUCUGGACAGGGGACAUCCGCGGCCGGGUCCAGCGCGGCGGCAGGCGCCGGGUCAGCAGGUUCGGCAGCCGGCCCUAGUGGGUCACAGCCCGCCGCUACCUCGGGCCAGCAACAGGCCGAGCUCACAUCCGCCUUCUUUGCUAACUGGUUUGAGACCUUUAAGGAAAACUCCUCCGUGAGUAGGGCCGCUGUGGCGGCGGCCGCGGCCGCGGCAAAGCCCCCGGCGACGACGGCACCUUCGCGGCCGGCCCCUGCCCCUCCGACGGAUGCUGGUGCCUCUUUGUCAGGACCCGAGGCGACACAUUGAUACCCCCACCCUGCCUUUAUCUCUCCCCCCCCCCCCUUCCCUCUGUUGCGGUGUGUCCCUGCGCCUGUGCCCUCCCCCCCCCCCCCC